AUGACCUUCACUGCCGACGAUUGCCUCGGAAUCCAGUACAAGCAUGACGAUCCCUUGGUCAUGGAUCUCAACAAUCACAACGUGCACAAAGUGCUAGUUGACGGAGGAAGCGCCGUCAACAUCAUCUUCAGAAACUGCUUUGAGCAGUUGAUCCUCGAGGAAUCCGAGGAAUCGCUAACAAAAGUCAGCUACCCCCUGAUCGGAUUCAAAGGAUCCGCAGCGAUUCCCCGAGAGAAGAUCACCCUACCAGUCACGGUUGGCGAGGGUCAAGCAGCAAGAACCCUCCGAGACAAAUUCAUAGUGAUGGAUUGCGAUUCAGUAUACAAUGUCAUCAUGGGACGAACCAUGAUCCACAAGAUGCAAGCAAUCCCAUCCACGUACCAUCAAAUGAUGAUAUAUGUCUCGGACGCAGGCUUCGCCGAGCAAGUGGAGAACUUGCCACACCGCCAUCCGAAAGCCGAGGCUAGGGGACGGCCCCAAAGAUGA